AUGAAAAUUAGGAACUACAUCUUCGCCAAAGUAACAGACGUGUACAACCAUAUUGAAAAACUAAACACCCAUUGGGGAAAAUCAGAUUUAGUGAAAAAUUAUGUCAACAAUUACAAUAAUAAAAUAGCGAAAAAGAGCCUAGAGAUAAUAAAAAAUGAUGUGCACAGGACUCUACAUGAGAACCUCUUGCCCUGUGAAAGAAACAGAAAUGAAGAACUAGUAUUCCAUAGCAGAUAUGUAUAUUUUGAACAUAAGACUGAAAAGCAUCUCUUAGUAUGUAGAAAAAAAAUAAAAAGAAAAUUUGACUCUAAUUCUCGAUUUUAUCAGAUUAACAAAUCUAUAGAUGAUCUGAAAAAGGAAAAGUACAUUUCUAAUUACACAUGUGAAAUUGUUGCUAUAUUCCCUUCAACUUGUUUUGUCAAAUUUUUUAACGUAAAAAGAAAUUCUUUCUUUUCUUUCAUUGUAGAGCACUAUGAUUGUAAUUUAAAUUGGGCAUACAUUUUCAGAGGAACUACCAUUGUUAGGGACAAGCACCUGGAUCAACUAGAUUGUAAACAAAAUUUUCCAUUCUACAGAUGGAAAAAACUGGAGAGAGAUACUCGAGGAGUUGCAAUCUGGAGGUGCAGUUCUACUGAAGGAGGGAAAAAAAAUCAUCGUGACAAUUGCAGAAGUAGGGUACUCUGUUCACAGCGGAGUGCUAGAAGGAACAGUUAUGUGCACCGACACAGUAUUGUUAACCGAUGCUUCUUCCAACAACAGGGAGUUCAAAAUAUCGAGUUUGUAAAUAGGGAAAAAACAAAUGACUUUCUCACUACAGAACUUGAUGAGAAGUAUAGAUGUGGAAAGUUAUACUUGAACUCAUGCACCAAUGCUUGCUCAGUUUAUUUCCCAUUACAUAAGAACCUACUUUUUGAAGAAAAAAAUGAAGAAAAUUUUUUAAAUUUAUACCAAAGUAAAGACAUGAAAAGACUCUUCCUUCUAAGUGGAAAUCAUCACACAAACAAAUUAUUUUUACUCCAUUUUAAGAAUAAAAAAAAAAAAAUGAAGAAAAAAAAGAAUGAACACUAUGAAUUGCAGCUAAUUCAAUUCUCCGGUGCAAUAUUUCAACAGGGGAAAUAUUUUAUCGAAAAUUUUCAAAAUCAUUUAUUGUUCCUAGGACAAGAGAAUAAUCAAACGAACAUAUACAUCCUCAGUUAUGAUAAGUUACAUUUCCUUUUAUCAAAAAAAACAACAACAUUUAAGAAUCGAGUAAAGAUUCAUUUAAAAUUCUCAACACAUGAUGUACACCUUACAAGGGAAGAAGUAUAUGUAGAUGAUUAUCUAACAAGAAUAGUAUCUUUGCAAAAUUGCACACUCCACGACUUUGACAUGACUAAGUUUGGACUUGUUUUUUGCAUGUAUCGCUAUUUCCUGAAUCCAUUUAUAUGUAUAAUAUACAUGUUCAGAAAGAAAAUUGUCAAAUGUCACACAUAUCACUCCUCUCAUAGGGGAAAUGAACUAGUUCCAAGAGACAGCAUUCAUGACACACUACCCAAGCGAAGUAAACCUCGAAGACUUCUUUGGAAGCACAGAGAAGUGGAGGAUGAGACAAACAAAGCUGGUAUAGCUAGAAAAAUGUGCAACAAGAAAAAGGUGUGCAGGAAUACAAAAAUGGGGAACAAAUCGAGAAAGACAAACAUUCCUAGUAGCGAAUGUGAAAUAGUGUACAAGAUAAGAACCGUGCGUUUACCCUUGAUAAAGGGGAGCAUACAAUGUGGAAUUAAUAACAUCUUCCAAAAUCACAUGAUAAAUGUUUACAUUUCAAACACAUUUGUAAGCAGUAUCAGAUUGGUGAUAAAUCUAAGGAAAGGAAUAAUUGCUUUUCCAGAAAAUAUUAUGAAAGAAGAAGAAAAAAAAACGCUUUUCUUUCGCUCAAAAAAUAAUAUCUUGUAUGAUUUACAAUUUGAACAGAUUUUUCAUAAAAAUUUAAAAUUCAAAAUUAAAGAUUUGUUUAUUUACACACCAGAGGGAAGAAACCAAAUACCAAUUACACUCAUUUAUAAACACAAAAAUAAUAAGAAUCUCUGUCAUGUCAGAGAGGAAGUUUAUAAAAACUUCUUCACAUGUGCCGAUGAGACUAUUGCUUCCGAUAGGGGAAAGAACGUCUUUAAAUUUCUAUCUUCAGUGAAAUUCCCUGCACAAGCAGGAGGAAAGAAAUUUUAUCAUAAAGAAGACGAAGGAGAGGGUGGAGAAGCACAGCUUCCAUUGUUUAUUCAACCGAGUAAGACGAUUAUUAAUGUGUACCCAUUUUAUCACCAACUGAACAUUUGCAGCUAUUCGGAUGAAUUUCAUUUUUACCUUUUAAAUGACUAUGUCAUCGUUUAUUUUCACCUGACCGGUUCAGGUGGAUUGCAAGACGGAAAAAAAAAAAAAAAUAAAAUAAACAAAAUGGGCGAAGUGGGCAAAAUGGGCGAAGUGGGCAAAAUGGGCGAAAUGGGCGAAGUGGGCAAAAUGGGCGAAAUGGGCGAAGUGGGCAAAAUGGGCGAAAUGGGCGAAGUGGGCGAAAUGGGCGAAGUGGGCAAAAUGGGUGAAAUGACAAAAUGUAAGGCGUACGAAAAAUUAAGGAUCAUUCGAGAGCUUACAGAUUGCAUAAAUUUUAUUAAAUACAUGAACAUAAGUGAUACCGAUAAUAUGUCUAUAUAUCUUCACUCUAACAGUGGAUUACUCGGGGGUUUUCUUUUAAAUCAAACAAGAAACAAAAUAAUUCAAAAUGUUAUUCUCGUGAACCCAAUGUUAGACCUUUUCAAUAAUCUUACCGAUUUGAAAAAUCCCCACGCACAAUCUGAGCAUCUUGAAUUUGGAAAUGUUUCUCCACACGAACUUCUCCUGAAUGGAAAUGCUUCUCCACCCAAGAGUCGUUCAGAAUGUAGAAAAAGAAAUAUAAAACCAAAAAUUGGUAAUUUGCAAAAUGGGAAAUGCUUUCAGCAUAGAGAGAAAAAUAAAAUCUGUAACAUUCAUGAUACGCGAAAAUUUCUUCGAAAUAAUGCAACACAUCAGGAUUGUAGAAUUAUGAAUAAUCAAAACGAUACACACAAUCACACAAAAAAUAAACACAAGGAAAGACAAUUAAGUUUGUGUCACCAAAAUAAUAUGCUCUUUCUGUAUUCCAUAUGCCCAUAUAACAGAAUAGAACCCGACUAUCGUGAAGUUGUACACACAUCCAAUAAACCAGAAGGCAUCAGUUCAUUACAUAUUCAAGUAAAGGGUAAUGAUAAUCUUAAUCAUAAUCUUAAUCUUAAUCAUAAUCAUAAUCAUAAUCUUAAUCUUAAUCAUAAUCAUAAUCUUAAUCAUAAUAAUAAUCAUGAAUUUCUUAAAAGUACCGUUUUAUUGUAUCUAAACAGAUAUGAUAUUAUAUGUCCUAAUUAUAAUUCAAUUAAAUAUUUUUUAAAAUAUAAAGAUUAUAAGAACGUAGAAAUGAAGUUCUCCUACUACACAUUUGACACGCAUCAUAUUGAAGGAAAGCGUACUUUAAUAGAACGGGUAAAUUUUUUUAAUUUCCAUAAUGAACAAAAUGAAAUUGAGAGAAAAAAAAAACCUCUUUACAUUUCCUUUUCGAAGCAUGGAGGACAUGGUGGUUUCAGUGAUUAUAACUCCAUGAUAAAUCGGAUGAUGGAGAGAAUUUAUUUUCAUUUCUUUCUAACGUAA